GCGUGGAUUUCUGUUCAAGCGGGCGGAAAUUUCCCAGACUAUGAAUCAAUUGCAUUGGCGACUCUGACGCGAUGAGCAUCUACCACGACGAGGUGGAAAUCGAGGAUUUCGAAUUCGACGAGGAGGAGGAGAUGUACUACUAUCCCUGUCCCUGCGGCGAUCGAUUUCAGAUAUCCAAGGAGGAGCUAAUCGAGGGCGAGGAGGUGGCCACCUGCCCCAGCUGUUCCCUCAUUAUAAAAGUCAUCUACGAUCCGGAAAUGUUCAAAGCGGAAGAGGACGAGGAAACAGCCCUCAAUGAGAAACUGAGCGAAUUGAAGCUGGAAAAGAACUAAGAGACAACUGGUCUGGCCAUUUUUGUUGUAAAUAAUACGUUGACUAGUGAACAGGGAAUACAAAUUAAUCAAGCUCUAGA